CGAUACGUGCGGAGUAAAAAGCUGGGUACCGAAAAAACACCAAGUGCGCGCUUCUUUUCCAGCAUUUAAAUUGUUUCCAUUAAUUAAUCACAAUUAGUGUAAACGAGUGGCAAUUAUACAACUGCACCAAGCGAUGUCGAUAUUGUUUUUCUGUGAAAGUUAAUGACCCGCCUUUUGUUGCAACCAUAAACAGUUUAAUUCGCAUCUUCAAAAAAUAAAUUGGAAGAUGUAAGGAGAGGUCGGUCGUUAAAACAAUUACCAUUACUUGAAUUCCGUCUCACUUAAUAAGGAUGAAGCGCGAGUUAUUCUCCUAUCUUUUACUAGCGAUCCUAAAUCAUGGAGCGGCGAUUAGAAUUACGAGGCUCGUCGUUCCCACAGUCGCCUCCUUUGGUUCCCUGAUUAAUCUGGAUUGCGCCUACGAUUUGGAGAACGACAAGCUCUACGACGUAAAGUGGUACAAGGAUAGCGACGAGUUCUUCCGCUGCAAAUCGGACGGGCAGGUCCAAGCGUUUGAGGUGGAAGGCAUCGACCUGUACAAGAACUACAAGGUGGCGGUCGGUUCCUGCCCGGUCACGAUCACCAUCCUCAACUCGAAGUCCGCCGGGAAGUAUCUCUGCGAAAUCAGCUCCGAGGCGCCCGAGUUCAAGACGGUGGCCCGAUGGGUCAAUUUGAGGAUAGCGAGUCCUACGACGGCCCGAAGAACCCAGGAGGACGAUACUCCAACCCAAACUGAAAACCAUCCGGAGAUCACCCCGGCUCCUCCCGCGUCCGUCGAAGCGUCCGUUCAAUUACGAGGUCAUGGAAAUCGCCUUGGACCUAAUUUUGUUUCCGCCGGCGUUUGCGUUUUCACUGCGUUUUGCGUGCUUAAUUUGUAACUUUGUAUACUUGUGAUAGUGUAAAUAUGCUUCUAUUUAUUAAAUUGUGUGUUGC